AUGAGUGAAGAGAGGAUCACAAUUAAGAUAUAUCAACGCAACCACCCACAUCGUCAUUUGUCUUCUGCCCACCCAUAUCUGUCCGGGUUCUGUCCAGCUGGUGGAAAGGUGGAGGAGGCGCUGUGUGUUCACUUCAUUGACAUCUUCAUACAGCCACCGUAG